AUGGAGAGCACGCAGAACACGGUGCUUCUGGUUUGCAUUCCAAUCCUGCAGGCCUUGACCGCCGCCAAAGUCUUAUUCGCUGCUGGCAGGUACAUCAGACGAACCUGGGAUGGACGGCCGCUGCGGCUUUUCCGGGCAUGUGGCUCUUGGCUAGCACUGCAUCUGGGUUUAAGUUCGUCAGAGUCUGGCAGGAAAGCAGCUGAGGCUUUCCACGCCAUGCAGUGCCAAAUGCUCAUCUACGCCCUGCAGGUCAUCAUGGCCAUGGCGCUAGCACGCUUCGUGUUUGCUCAGAUGUAUCUUCUUGCAGGGGAGCCCCCACCGGUUGCGUCUCUGGACCUCUCUCUGGUGUUCGUUCACUUCAUAGCGCUUUUCCUGACAACUUGCCCAAGGCUCGUGACGCCUCGAAGUCUUGACGUCUGGUAUGUGGUUCUGCAGACGCUCUUUGCUCUGGCUUUUCUGAAUGUCGGUCCCAGGGACGUCGUGACUUUGUCCAACUGGACCUUCGUUCUCCGUGUGCUGCUCGGCCUCGCAGUAAAGCGCGGCUGGUUGGCACUGCUGGGGAAUGCUGUUUGCUCUGUGUUGGUCAUGCGCAUCCUCGGCUUUCAAACCGAAAGCGCACUGUUCUCUGCGGAGAUCACAAAGCUGAGCUUCCUGCUGCUUUGUGUUUUCUCCGUCCGCCAGCUGGCUUACCGAGACGCCAGGUCUGGCCUGGAUUUGAAGACGCGGACCAUCGAACUGGAGGCAGUCACCUCUCUGCUGCGUGGCUUCUGCGAUGCAGUCGUGGAAGUCGACAAUCACCUGAAUAUCGUUGGUGACUCGCGGCAGCUGUCGACAAUGCUCCUCCGUGAGUGUUCCACCACUGUGGGCUGCCUCGGCGAGAAGCCCUUCUUGGAGCUCUUCUGUGCCGAUGAUCGGGAUCAUCUGCAUGAAUGCUUCUCUGCUGUCAACCACGGAUCCUCGCACACGCAAGCGCUGAAUGCGCGGCUGCUGGACAGCGUUGGCAGCAGCGUCAAGGUUGAGUUACUCCACAUCCAGUUUCUGACGGCAGACAAAGAGACCCACAGACUGAUUGGCGUGCGCGAGUUUCAAGACCUCCAUGAUGCUGCUCCGGAUCAGCUUCCCGUCUACGGCGUUCCCAGCUCCGCCGCUGACGUUGCUGAUCAGAAGGAACACAAAGAAGGCAAGCGGGACCGCAACUCGGGGAAAAAGGACAGCGAGCGAAUGUGGCUCCUGUUCGAUGUGGGGACUUUUGGCAUCCUGUCCAUGGAUCCAAAGCUGGAAGACCUGUGCAAGAAGUGCAAAGGCACGUCGAAAGAGCUGAGCAUCUUCGACGUCAGCACAGAUCUGAACUCGGCGAAGUUGUCGCAGACGAUCCAGGACACCAUCAACCUGCACUCUGAACCCGACGGCUCACCUGCUUCGAUCCCCGCAGUGGAUCUUGGUGCGCACACCCUUCUGGGCUCCGUGCAGGUGCAGUCGACAGUGCACCUGGAGUUUGACGAGUUUAUCAACAGAUAUGUGGGCACGCUCUUCGCACACCAGUCGUCACAUGGCCGGUUCCGGCUGACCAAGGCCAACGUCGAUCGCCUCGAUGAUCUGCACCGAAAAAGACUCUCAGAUAAGAUCUGA